AUGUGGCUAAAUACCACUAUUUCCCCCUUCCUUCUGACUGGUUUUCCAGGCAUGGAGAAGGCACAUCACUGGAUCUCCAUCCCAUUGUUCGUAGUGUACAUCUCCAUAAUCCUUGGCAAUGGUACCCUUCUCUUUCUCAUCAGAGAUGACCAUAUUCUUCACGAGCCUAUGUACUAUUUUUUAGCCAUGCUGGCAGCUACAGACCUUGGGGUGACUCUGACCACAAUGCCUACAGUGCUGGGUGUCCUGUGGCUAAAUCAUAGGGAGAUUGGCCACGGAGCCUGCUUCUCUCAGGCUUAUUUUAUUCAUACUCUUUCUAUUGUGGAGUCAGGUGUCUUGCUUGCCAUGGCCUAUGACCGCUUCAUUGCUAUCCGCAACCCCUUGAGAUAUACCUCCAUACUUACCAACACUCAGGUAAUCAAGAUUGGUGUGGGGGUAUUGACAAGGGCUGGUCUGUCAAUUAUGCCAAUAAUAAUUAGACUGCACUGGUUUCCCUAUUGUCGAUCCCACGUACUCUCCCAUGCUUUCUGUUUGCACCAAGAUGUUAUCAAGCUAGCCUGUGCUGAUAUCACCUUCAAUCGUCUCUACCCAGUUGUGGUUGUGUUUGCAAUGGUCUUGUUGGACUUUCUCAUCAUCUUUUUCUCCUAUAUUUUGAUUCUUAAGACUGUCAUGGGCAUUGCUUCUGGAGAAGAGAGGGCGAAGGCCCUCAACACUUGUGUUUCCCACAUCUGCUGCAUCCUGGUCUUCUAUAUAACUGUAGUUGGUCUGACGUUUAUUCAUAGAUUUGGAAAGCAUGCGCCUCACGUAGUCCACAUCACAAUGAGCUAUAUCUACUUCCUUUUCCCACCCUUUAUGAACCCUGUCAUCUAUAGCAUUAAAACCAAGCAAAUCCAAAAUGGUAUCCUACGUUUGUUAUCUCUAUCUCAUUCAAGAACGUGA